CGAUCCAGCCGACACAACUGUGAGAGAUCGUCGGUGAAAGACGUUCUCCUUUACACAUCUGACUUUCGGCCUCGUACCCUCUCGGUCGCCGCGAAAUUCAACGAUGUUGGUCUACUUGACCACGCUACUAUUGGUAGCUUCUACAACAGUAUACUCGAAACCUGCGCCAGAACCACCCAGCUCGUACUUCCCACCAUCGAGUGGUGGUGCAAGCUUCUCAAGCGGAUCUGGUAGUUAUGGUCCACCGUCGCUUCCAGAUCGUUAUGGACCACCUCAACAACAACCUGUCGUCCACAAACACGUUUACGUUCACGUGCCACCUCCAGAAGCCCCUGAAUAUAAACCACCGAAAUACAUUCCACCCGCAGCACCACCACAGAAACAUUACAAAAUCGUAUUCAUAAAGGCGCCAACUCCACCGACACCAACAGCACCAGCUCUACCACCAUUGCCGCCUCAAGACGAAGAGAAGACUUUGAUCUACGUGCUCGUGAAGAAACCGGAAGAGGCUCCGGAAGUGGUGUUACCGACUCAAGCACCAACGCAACCCAGCAAACCGGAAGUCUACUUCAUCCGAUACAAGACUCAGAAGGAACAACAAAAUGCAGAAUACGGACCUCCACCACAAUCACUCCCUUCGGAUAACUAUGGUGCUCCACCAUCAAGCUCUGGCGGGCCUUACUAAAUAAUAUUUAUUUAAGGAACUUCUUUGUAUAAAAUACUCAAACCCGCGAACCUCGUGAAUUAUAAAGAUUUUAUUCGACAAGAAUGCUCAUUAUCCAUGAGAUUUUGAGAAAACCAAUGUGUAACUAGUGUAAUUACUGCCACAGAGUUUUGUGAAUUUCACGAUUAGAUACUAUCUAUUUGUUUCUGCAAAUGAUAGCACUAAAGACACCAUUUUAAUAUUAGUAUCAUGAAAUAGAAAUCGAGAAGGAAAUUUAUGCAUAAUACUUGUAUUAAUUAAUACAUCUAUUAAUUGUUCAAAUUAUUUUGAAAAGAAUAUGAAAAAUUAUAUAUAAAAAAUCUUUUGUUAUGUAUAUCAAAAAAUGCAGAUUAGUUCACAAAAGAUUAUUAAAUAGAAAUAGAAAUAUGAAAGUUAAAUUUGGGUGAUUAAUGCGAGUGAAGCAUUAAUGUGAUUGUAACAAAUGUAUGUAUAUUUUAAUAAAACUAUUUGUACUUUU